AUGAGUGAUAAUGUUCAUUCAUCGAAUAAUGAAAAAAGUUUUGAUAAAAAAACUUUCUUUCAAAAACUUCAUCAUAAAAUAAAAAAUAAAAAACCUACUGAAACUGUAAGCCUUUCAAGUUUGUUUCGAUAUGCCACAAAACUUGAUAUUAUUUACAUGUUAGUUGGUAGUAUAGGAGGUCUAGGCAACGGUGCAACUUUUGUAGUAAUGAUUUUUUUAUUUGGAAAUCUUUUAAAUUCAUUUACUGAUCGAUCUACUGAUACAUGUACACUGAAUUUUACAGCUCUUGCUAUUGAAUAUUGUCCACCUGGUUAUCAAUUAGUAGCAUCGAAUUAUUUUUCAUCAUUAUUGUAAGUAUAUGUUUAG